UGCCUAUUUGCUUGUCUGGAGGCGCGAGGAUCCCGCGAGCCUGUCCCACCCAGCUCCCCCCAGCGCCUGCGCCGCCACACCUCACCCCACCCCACCCUUCCAGGCAGCGCAACCGGCCCUCUCAAGCUUCACGCGCACGCGCACCCGCCACCCUUCUUCCUCUUCCCACCCUGCGAACUGCCUGUGAGACAGCUGGCUCCACCAUGGGAAAUGAGCCCAGUAACCCAAUGGAGAUGUGCUCCCAGUUUGACCAAAACGAAAUUAAACAGCUGAGCAAGCGGUUUAAGAAGGUGGACUUGGACAGUUCGGGCACUCUGACUAUGAAGGAGCUCAUGUCCCUGCCGGGGCUGCAGGUGAACCCGUUGGUGCAGCGAGUGUUCGACAUUUUCGACACAGACGGCAACGGAGAAGUGGACUUCAAGGAAUUCCUCGUGGGGACCUCCCAGUUCAGUGUCAAGGGCGACAAGGAGCAGAAGCUGAGGUUUGCUUUCAGCAUCUAUGACAUGGACAAAGACGGCUACAUUUCCAACGGGGAGCUCUUCCAGGUGCUAAACAUGAUGGUGGGAGACAACCUGAAAGACUGGCAGUUACAGCAGCUGGUGGACAAAACCAUCAUCGCCCUGGACAAGGAUGGAGAUGGGAAAAUAUCCUUCCACGAAUUCUGCGCUGUGGCCAGAAACCUGAAGGUCCACGAGAAAUUGGGGGUAAUUGUGUGACCGUCUAUAAGAGCACCACCCAACAACAACUUUUUCUUUCUUCUCUGUAUCUUUAAACAUCAGCUCAAGAGGCCCUGCAACAAUCUCUCUGACCUACUGGAAAGUACUUCUCUUUGUGAAGCAACAUUGUCUAACACCAGCCUCUUGACCACCUAAGUAUUAUUUAUUACUUUGCUUUUAAUGAUUCAGGGUAAUGCCCUGAGUUCAGGAGAACAUGAUGAAAGAGCAAGGGGAGAAAGAAAUUAAAUGGCUUUUAUGAA